GUGUUUGUGUGUGAGUGUGUGUGAGCCCAGCCAGCAGAGGGGAGCGCCGGUGGCUCGGCUCUGGGCUCUCUCUUUGUUGACAGCCAGUUGUGACAUAUCCCAAGGAUCAGUGGCUCUGUCGACAUGAUGCCAUUAGCUUCUUAAAAUAGAUAGAGAAGGACACUCAAAGAAAACAGAACCGCGGUCGUGAACCACGGCAGGUUCAGAGUGGGACCGACCCACAUCGCAGCCAGCCCAUCAGAGUCAGGCGACCAUCCUGUUAGCCAGUCUCUACCGCAGAGAGCCUGUACAGAGACACUGUGAUUCUAGCUGAGAUUUCUGUCAUCUGGACUCCCAGUGGAGACUGUACAGCACAGAGAGAUGGCUGUGAACAGACCGGAAGACAUGCCGAGACAAUUCCCUAAGAUCACGCUGAGUGAGGUGGAUGAGGAGACACGUCUGCUGGCUGAGAAGGUGUACGCAUCAGCGCUGAAGGAGGAGGACACUAAGGAUGCCCUGUCCAUGUUCACCGUCCCUGAGGACUGUCCCAUCGGCUUGCACCAGGCCAAGGAGAGGGAGCUGCUCAAAGAGCUGGCAGAGCAGCAUUCAGAAGAGAGUGCCAAGAGGAAGAAGAGUUUCAAGAUGAUCCGUUCACAGUCUGCGUCCUUGCAGGGCCUGCAGAUCCCUGUGACUGCAGAGUGGGCCCGUUCUGUGGUGACCCCAUUCCUCUCACCCUCCUCCACCUGCUCCUCACUUCCAGAGACCUGCCCCGAGUACCAGAGGGUCACCAUCAGUGGAGACUACUGUGCUGGUAUCACAGUAGAGGACUAUGAACAGGCAGCAAAAACCCUGAUGAAAGCCCUGUUCAUUAGGGAGAAGUACUCCAGACUGGCCUACCAUCGCUUUCCCCGGACCGUUGCCCAGUUUCUGCGCAGCGCUGAGAACCAGACGUGGAAGGAAGAGGACGGGGUUUUACCAGAUGUCUGCCCUUGCCCCAGGGAGGGGGAGGACCCUUACAACAUUGAGAAUAUCCCAGACAACCUUAGCUAUGAGCUGCAGACGAAAGAUGGCAUAGUGUAUGUGUAUGAGAACGCAGAGGCUCUAAGUCAGAACAGGCCCCGCAGCCUUCCCUACCCUGACCUGGAGACCUUCGCCAUAGACCUCAGCCAUGUGCUGGCCAUGAUCAUUGAUGGACCCACGAAGACCUAUUGUCACAGACGCCUGAACUUCCUGGGCUCAAAGUUCUACCUGCAUGAAAUGCUCAAUGAGAUGGCUGAGCUGAAGGAACUUAAGGGUGUUCCACACAGAGACUUCUACAAUGUCAGAAAGGUGGACACACACAUCCAUGCAGCCGCCUGCAUGUCCCAGAAGCACCUUCUGAACUUCAUCCAGACCACCUACAAGACGGAGGCAGACCGUGUGGUGCUGGAGAAGGGCGGGCGGAAGCUGACCCUCAGAGAGGUGUUUGAACACCUCAACAUGGACCCCUAUGACCUCACUGUGGACUCCCUGGAUGUACACGCUGGCAGACAAACCUUUCACAGAUUCGAUAAGUUCAACUCCAAGUACAACCCAGUGGGGGCCAGUGAACUCCGAGAAAUCUACCUGAAAACAGACAACCUCAUAGAUGGAGAGUACUUUGCACGCAUUAUCAAGGAAGUGUCCCAUGACCUAGAGGAGAGUAAGUACCAGCAUGCUGAGCCUCGUCUGUCCAUCUACGGACGCUCUGCAGACGAAUGGGACAGCCUCUCCAAGUGGUUCAUCCAGCACAAAGUGCACUCUACCAACAUGCAGUGGAUCAUCCAAGUCCCCAGGAUCUAUGAUAUUUUCAAGUCAAAAAAGUUGAUCACUAACUUUUCCAAGAUGUUGGAGAACAUAUUCCUUCCUCUGUUUGAGGCUACAGUCAAUCCACAGAACCAUAAAGAGCUACAUGUAUUUCUCAAAUAUGUGACAGGCUUCGACAGUGUGGAUGAUGAGUCCAAGCACAGUGACCACAUGUUCUCCUACAAGAGCCCCAAGCCUGAGCAGUGGACCGCAGAUGAAAACCCUCCUUACAGCUACUACCUCUUCCACAUGUACGCCAACAUCAUGGUGCUCAACAAUCUGAGGAAAGAGCGAGGCUUGAGCACCUUCCAGUUCCGUCCACACUGCGGGGAGGCUGGAUCCAUCACCCACCUGGUCUCUGCUUUCCUCACCGCUGACAACAUCUCCCACGGCCUCAACCUUAAGAAGAGCCCUGUCCUACAGUACCUGUACUACCUGGCCCAGGUGCCCAUUGCCAUGUCUCCUCUGAGCAAUAACAGCUUGUUCCUGGAAUAUUCCAAAAACCCUCUCAGGGAGUUCCUACACAAGGGGCUGUGCGUGUCUCUAUCAACAGAUGAUCCUAUGCAGUUCCACUAUACCAAGGAGGCACUGAUGGAGGAGUAUGCCAUCGCGGCCCAGCUGUGGAAGCUCAGCACCUGUGAUGUGUGUGAGAUUGCCAGGAACAGUGUGCUGCAGAGUGGCCUGUCUCACCAGGAGAAGAAGCACUUUAUUGGGGCCAACUACUUGAAGGAUGGACCUGAGGGGAACGACAUUCGGCGGACCAAUGUGGCUCAGAUCCGCAUGGCCUACCGCCACGAGACCCUGUGCAAUGAGCUCAGCUUCCUAGUGGAUGCAGUGAAGACUGAAGCGGCCAUUGGCACACAACCAGAGUGACCACAACAACAUGGGACUUAGCUCAAUCCAUGCAUGAUGUCAUGCAGUAGUUUCCAAGGAAGACACUGAAGUCAGUUGUGGGACACUGUCGGUACAAUACAUUGUACUUGUAUGCACUGUAUGAUAUUUGCUUGAAAUAUUUGUGUGAAUGUUUUGUUUCAAUUUGAAUGAAAACAGGCAUUUAUAUUGGUCAGAGUAUGCUAUAUUUAAUUUGAAUGUAUUGUAUCUAUAAUGUACUGUACUGUAUCUAUAAAGCAACAUUGAGUCAAUUGAAUUGUGAGAGUUUGGACAAGAGAGAAGUUGCACUGAGAUUCAAGAUGUCCAAAGAUGUUAUACUGCUCUAUCUUGCCUCUUGCUCGUUAAUGGUUGACAGAAUGCUGUAGAAUAGCCUGUUUUUAAUUGUUACUUUUGUUAUCAAUAAAGAUAUUUAAACAUG